AUGCUCAAUAUCGUCGAGAGAACCGCCAUCGACCCGUAUCUUUAUCUGAGCAAGCCUGAACUUGGAUUUCCGAAACUUUACCGAUGUCUCCCUCAAGAAGAAGGUGCUGUGGAUUACAUAGGCUGCUCCGUUGUAAAUUCUCAAUGGCAGAAAUUGUUAAAUGGAGACGGCAAUCUCGUUGUUAAUGGUGGACAGUGUAAAUCCAUCACGCAGGCAUGCUGCCAAACUACCAUAUGUGCGCCUAAGGAAGUUGAUGUUAUCCUGACUGUCACGGAGAUGGAUCGUUUGUUCUUCAAGUUCUCCGAAAAGUGCCUCAGUCGCACUAAAGGUGCACUUUACGUGACCACCGGCUGGGAUAACGUGAUAAUGACAUCGAGACCACCGAGAUGCAUUCAAAAGGUAUUACUACCGACAUAA